UUAUCUACCUCGGGCCUCCCUCUCUUUAUAGUUUAUUUAACACCACCGAUGAGCGUUGGGUAAAGUCAGAUUUGGCAAUUUCCCCUUGUGUUCCACGUCUCCACUUCUCCUCUCAUGGAUUCCUCCGGCUCCGACACCUCCGAUCCAGUUUCUCCCUAUCAACUUCUCUCCACAGCACUUUCUCUCAUUCCUUUCUCUCACUUUUUCUCUGCGUUCCUCACCAUCUUCCUCGUCUUCCUCUACAAUUUCUUCGAGAUUCAUCUUCUUCACGACUUCAUCCGUGCAUUCAGAGGCGACCGCGUUUCCAUCUCUGCAUCGGACCCCGACUUCUACCAAUCUGUUGUUUCCAAGUGUCGGAUUCUUCAUGGCAGGUACUCCUCAACUCCAUGGCUUUGCAGUCCUCAUUUGCAGACUAUUUUCCUCAGCAUUUUUGGGAGGUCUCCGCCUGUCUCCUAUAAAAGGCAGUUAUUUCGUGUACCUGACGGUGGAACAAUUGCUUUGGAUUGGUUAAGGAGUUCUGAUGUUGAAUGUUAUGGCUUUGGCGUGAAUGUUACCACUCCUGACUAUGAGAAAACACCAACUGUUAUAGUCAUUCCUGGAUUAACCAGUGACUCAUCUGCAGCUUACAUUAAGCAUUUGGCAUUCAGGAUUGCAAAACGUGGAUGGAAUGUCGUUGUGAGCAAUCAUCGCGGUCUUGGCGGCAUAUCACUAACUUCUGAACGUGUCUAUAAUGCUGCAUGGACAGAGGAUAUAAGGAGAGUUGUUGGCCAUAUUCAUAGUCAACAUCCAGAAGCCCCUCUGUUUGUUGUUGGAACUAGUAUUGGCGCAAAUGUUCUGGUAAAAUACCUUGGAGAGGAUGGUGCCAAUGUCCCUGUUUCCGGCGCUGCUGCUAUUUGCUCGCCUUGGGAUCUUUUGAUAUGUGACAGGUUCAUUAAUCGCAGGCUUGUUCAGAGUUUUUAUAAUAAAGCUUUGGCUAACGGCUUACAAGGUUUUGCAUUAUUGCAUCAAUCCAACUUGUCUCGACUUACAGAGUGGGAAUCUAUUAAAAAGGAUCUAAGCUCGAGGACAACGAUUGGCACUGCCCGGCACGAUGGGGGACUCUACUUUCUAACUGAUGAUGUUUUCUCUAGGAAUGAUUAUAGGACUAGCCUUGUCUCCUUAAAAUUUUCUACCUCUGAGAAUAAUUAUCUGUUAUGGCAUUAUCGCUUAGGGCAUCCGAACUUUCAGUACAUGAAACACUUAUUUUCGCAUUUAUUUCGCAAUAUUAAUGUGUCUUCUUUAAAGUGUGAAGUGUGUAUUCGUGCCAAACAGAGUCGUGUCUCCUUUCACUCCCAGCCCUAUAAACCAUCCAAACCCUUCAACUUAGUUCACAGUGAUUUUUGGGGUCCCUCACCAACCACAACCUCCACAGGAAAACGCUGGUUUGUCACUUUUAUAGACGACCACACUCGGCUUACUUGGGUCUUUCUUCUCACUGAUAAGUCCGAGGUGUUAUCUGUAUUCCAGCAAUUUUAUGCCACUGUGGAAACCUAGUUUAAUGCCAGGAUUGGUAUUUUGAGAAGUGACAAUGGGCGGGAAUUCUUUAACGCUUCCUUCCAAGAGUUUCUUCCUUCCAAAGGGAUUAUCCACCAGAGUUCAUGUGCCUACACUCCCCAACAAAAUGGGGUAGCAGAGAGGAAAAAUCAUCAUUUGGUGGAAGUUGCUAGGUCCUUAAUGCUAUCCACAUCACUCCCGUCUUACCUAUGGGGUGAUGCCAUCCUUACUGCUGCUCACUUAAUCAACCGAAUGCCUUCCUGGGUCCUCAAUUUUCAAAACCCCUUAGACUAUUUAAAAGAGUCAUACCCUACGACUCGUUUAGUCUCCGAUGUACCACUUCGAGUUUUUGGCCGUGUUACCUUUGUUCACUUCCAUGGUCCAAACCGCACGAAAUUUACCCCCCGUGCUCAAAAGUGCGUCUUUGUUGAGUAUCCACUCCAUCAGCGCGGGUAUAAAUGUUACCACCCAUCCUCUCGCAAAUAUUUUGUUUCCAUGGAUAUCACCUUCCUUGAGGAUCAACCCUUCUUCCCUGUUAGCCAUCUUCAGGGGGAGACCUUCUAGU